AUGAUGGGUUACCUAUCAUGUAAAGCUGAAUCAUCCAUUUUGACCUCAAAUUCUCAAACCCCAACAUCUUCCAAGAAAACCCAUUCUAAUCAAGAAACUGAAAAACCCAUCAAAGUCCAAGAAUUCCAGUACAGUGAUCUUGAAGCAGCCACCAAUGGUUUCUCUGAUCAAAAACUCCUAGGCAGAGGAAGUCAUGGGUUAGUCUACAAAGGCGUCCUCCGCAGCGGCCGUCUUGUGGCCGUGAAAAAAUCAUCCCGAAACACCUACAAAACUUCGAGAUUUUCCACAUCUGAAAACCCAAAUGAAGUUGAGAACGAGAUUGAUAUACUGUCCAAAUUACACAGCCCCAGGUUAGUUAAUCUUGUGGGAUUCACCAAUGACCCACAUGAACGCCUUUUGGUGGUGGAGUUCAUGAGCAAUGGGACUCUCUAUGAUUUUCUUCAUUCCUCUCCUAGACCCCCCAAUUGGGGUCGGAGAAUUAAAUUAGCUCUUCAAACAGCCAAAGGAAUUGAUACCCUUCAUUCCUUAGUCCCACCAGUGAUUCAUAGGGAUAUAAAGUCUGCAAAUGUGUUGAUAGAUCGUGAUUAUAACGCCCGGUUGGGCGAUUUUGGGUUGGCACUGAGGUGCCAUGUUGAUGAUUAUAGGCUGAGGUCUACCCCACCUGCAGGUACAAUGGGGUACCUUGAUCCGGGGUACGUCACCCCGGAUAAUUUGAGUACCAAAACUGAUGUGUUCAGUUUUGGUAUAUUGUUGUUGGAGAUCAUUAGUGGGAGGAAAGCCAUUGAUGUUGGGUUUUCGCCACCUUCAAUUGUGGAUUGGGCGAUUCCUUUGAUAAGGAGAGGGAAGCUUUUGACUAUUUAUGAUCCGAGGAUUGUGCCUCCUAAGGAUCCUUUGGUGAGGAAGCAAUUGGCUGUGAUUGCGGCCAAGUGUGUGAGGUCUUGUAAGGAGAGGAGGCCGACAAUGAAGGAGGUGGUUGAGAGUCUUAGUGUGUUGAGUAAAUUGGUUCCUCUUCAUUCUUGGAAUGGAUUUAGUAAUCCUUGCUUGAUGGUUGAGACUGUUGGCAGGCCUGUAGAAUCGAAGAAUACCCAAUUGAAUUUGACGUCAAAGGUUGGUGAAGAAGGGAACUUGGAUGUAGUGGAUGUCAAAUUUUCUGUUCCAUUGAGGAAUUCAAGGAGAGUGUACUCUGAUUUGGGUUUCAGGAAUAAUCUGAUGGAUCUCAUGGCUGGCAGUGAUUUGGAGUUUCAGUUGAGGGGAGAGGCUGACAGUGUUGAGCCUAAAUCAAAAUCACAAAAUGGAGGUUCUAGGUUGAAAAUCGAAAGUGGUAGACUUGUUAGCAGGAGAAGCAACCAGUCUCUGUCUCGUGGCAAUGGCAAAGGCAGUGUCUCCCACUUGAGGCAAAACCAGUCAGUUGGUGAGAAUUCAGAUAAUUUUUCUAGCAGAGAAAAUAAUCAAUAG